AUGAACGACCGAAUUCUUUUCAAUUUAUUAUUAAUAUCACUAUCAUUCUGUUGUUGUUCGGCAGCAGUUCGAACGACAAAAAAUGAAGAAAUUCAGAAGUUUACGAUUCAAAUGAUCGGAUAUUCUCCUCAAAAAACAGAUGACUACGUGGCUGUUUCGGUGGAAGCAACACCUGGAUAUGUUGUCGGAUUCGAACCAAUGGCUCAUGCUGAUCGUGUUCAUCACAUGCUCCUGUAUGGAUGCACAAUGCCAGCAAGUGAACAAGGAUUCUGGAGAGGAAUGGAGACAUGCGGAUGGGGAGGAGGUAGUUAUAUCCUCUACGCAUGGGCUAGAAAUGCUCCAAAUCUCGUUCUCCCGAAAGACGUGGCAUUCUCAGUUGGACAUGAACAGGAUGGUAUCAAAUACUUUGUUUUACAAGUCCAUUAUGCUCAGCCAUUCGCUGGAGAAAUUCACGAUUUUUCUGGUGUGACAAUGCAUAUUUCUCAACGGAAACCAAUGAAUUUGGCAGCUGUAAUGCUAUUUGUCAGUGGAACUCCGAUUCCACCACAGUUACCUGCUUUCCAGAACAAUAUCACGUGUAUGUUCCAAUCAACGACUCCAAUUCAUCCAUUUGCGUUCCGAACUCAUACACAUGCAAUGGGAAGAUUAGUGUCUGCAUUCUUUAAACAUGAUGGACACUGGACGAAAAUUGGAAAAAGAAAUCCGCAAUGGCCACAACUUUUUGAGGCGAUUCCAUCGAAGUUGACUAUUGGGAGAGGAGAUCAAAUGUCUGCGUCUUGUAGAUUUGAUAGUAUGGAUAAGAAUAGAACAGUUAAUAUGGGAGCAAUGGGUGUUGAUGAGAUGUGUAACUUCUAUAUGAUGUUCCAUUAUGAUGCUAAACUCGACAAUCCAUAUCCUCAAGGAGCAAUUUGUGCCCAGGACUCUCCGCAAUUGAUGAAAGAUUAUCCAGUUGAUGGAUUCGAAUUACUUCCAUCUCGACCGGAAUUGGAGCAUCACGCACAUCAGUCAAAAGUUCCAUUUGGAAUUGUACAAGAGGCGAUUCAUGAAACAUUAGGAGGUGUUAAACUAGGGCAAGUUGCUGGAUUGGCAUUCAAUAAUCAGAAGGAACUGUUGGUUUUCCAUCGAGCUGAACGAGUUUGGGAUGCAAAUACAUUCGACAAUUAUAAUAUACUUUUGGAGAAGAGUCCAAUCAAAGAUCCAGUCAUUCUCGUCAUUUCUUAUCAGGGAAAUCAAACAAGAAUUGAGAAGAAAUUGGGAGGGGGAAAAUUCUAUCUUCCACAUGGAAUAUACGUGGAUAAAGAUGAUAACGUGUACACGACAGAUGUUGGUUCACAUACAGUAUCUAAAUGGAGAAUCGAGGGAAAUGAAUUGAAAAAUGUAUGGACAACUGGAGAGUCGAUGCUUCCGGGACCUGAUGAGAAGCAUUUCUGUAAACCAACAGGAAUCACUCGAAUCGGAGAUCAGUUGUAUGUGACUGAUGGAUACUGUAAUAGUCGAGUUGUUGUGUUGGAUUUGAAUGGAAACCGAAUUCAACAAUUCGGUUUACCUGGAGAAGAAGCCGGCCAAUUCAACCUUCCACAUGACAUUGUUUCUGAUUCUGCCGGUCGGAUAUUGGUGACUGAUAGAGAAAAUGGAAGAGUUCAACACAUGACAACUCAAGGACAUGUCAUCGAGGAAUUCAAAUCCACAAUGUUCACGAAUAUCUACUCAGCUGCCAGUCACGAAGACUACGUGUUCAUGGUUCCUGGAAGACCGAUAAUGGGCCACGAAUCAGAGGGAAUCGCUGUGUUCGUUGGAAGAUCUGGAACCGGUUUGAUCGAAUAUGCUUUUGGACCAGCGACACGUGGAAAGAGAGAACAAAUGGGACCGCAAUUCGGGCAACCUCAUUGUUUGAGAGUCUCACCUGAUGGAGAUACGAUAUUCGUUGGAGAUAUUGCUGAAGGAAAAGCAAGACUUUGGCAGUUUAAGGUUCAACGGGAAGAAUCAAUGACGUCAAUGUCUUCAAUCUCAAUUGGAUGGCCUUCUUUGGCUCCAGCAGAUGCAAAAUACAACUCAUUUUUCGUCCUAUUAGCAAUUGCCAUUCUUGUUUUGGGAGCUUAUUGUGUUAGGAGAAGAUGUCGAAAUUUGGAAAACGGAGGAUCACUUUUCGAUAAAAGAGUGAGUCGAAGCAAUGUUGGAUUCAAACCUCUACGAACCGAAGAAACCGUCGGAUUCAUCAGUGAUGGAUCGGAGAGCGAUUAA